AUGGCCCUGCCUUCCCGUGUGCCAUUUCUGCUGCUCCUGCUACUGCCUAGCGUCCCCGCGACGGCCCCGGCCGCCUCCGAGGCGCAUGGCCUGAGUCUGCGGAGGACUCCAAGGGUGACCGACGCGCCCCUGGUGGAUGUCGCCUUGUACUACGAGGCACUGUGCAUGGGCUGCCGGGUGUUCUUGGUGCGCGACCUCUUUCCCACCUGGCUAAUGGUGAUGGAGAUCCUCAACGUCACGCUGGUGCCCUAUGGGAACGCAGUGGAGCAGAGCGUCAACGGGACGUGGGUGUUCAAGUGCCAGCACGGCGAGCAGGAGUGCAGACUCAACAAGGUGGAGGCCUGUGUGCUGGACCAGCUGCACCCAAACGCCGCCUUCCUGACCAUUGUGUGCCUGGAGGAGUUGGAUGACAUGGAGAAAAACCUGGCACCGUGUCUACAGAUCUACGCGCCCAAUGUGACUGCUGACAGCAUCUUGGCCUGUGCCACCGGGGAACGUGGGACUCAGCUGCUCCACCACAAUGCACAGCUCACGGAUGCCCUGCAGCCGCCACAUGAAUAUGUACCCUGGAUCCUUGUCAAUGGGAAACCUCUGAAAGACCCGAGCCAGCUCCUGAGUCUGGUGUGCCAGCUGUACCAGGGUGAGGAGAAGCCGGAUAUCUGCUCAUCCAUGGGCAGCACCCCCAGGGAAGUCUGCUUCAAAUGA